AGGAAGAAAUGAGGCGAAAUGUUCACACUUGAUGGAUUUUACUAAACAUGGUGUUUAUUAUUAUUUAACGGAGGAGGAGACUUUUAUAUUUAUGUGCAAGAGGUCACUGUUAUCUAUUCAUCUUCACUGGAGGAGAAGUUUGAGAGGAUCUUCCUCGGAGGAGACUGUUGAUUUUUUGUUCAUAUAUUUAUGUAUACUGCUCUUCCUUUCAUGUUGUAUACAAAGGACUUGAGAGUUGUGGUUAUAAAUAGGUUAGAAAUCUACAACGCAGUGUCAUGUCAGAGGCAGAAUUGAUGAAGAAAGAAAACAUUUAAGUGCUAUCAGAUCGUAAGCAAAUUGAUUCCAGUCAAGUCAUGUUGUUGUACAUUUAAAUGACAAUAAAGUGCUGUAAAACUUCGUCAACAACCCUGUAAUGGAAAUAGUGCUACACAACGGGACGGCUGUAUCUAUCUUGGAAUGAUGCUGUCAUCUACGGUAACAAAGUGCUACGGACGGUUUUUGUGGGCUAUAUUUUUUCUCCUCAGAAUCCUGAGUUCGCUAGUAUCAAUUGAUUGAACCCUAUGAACCUUUGACUUUUGUGAAAUGUGUUUUGCAGGACAAAACAUUUCCAACUUGUACAGGCUACCUAUAUGUGAUUUUGCUGGACAAAAUUGAUGGGUAGAUUGUGUGUUUAUCCCAGGUUGUAAUUAUACUUUCUAUAGACCGUCCUACACCUAUCUGGACAAGCCCUCGUCAGGGUGAUCACAUCCGCCAUCUCUUAUCUUCAUCACCUACCUGGCUGUGUAUACUCAGUGUUGAUGUUUGACUAUAAAUAAACAAUUUGUACGAACGCUGUUGACAUAUCUGUUCUAGUUUUAAUUAAGAUUGUACAACACCAUGCACACUUAGAUGCUGAUGAAGUUAACCAGGAUUAACAGAUACAACUUCGGCUACAAAGUGAUGAGACGAUAAGGAGACUUACGCAAUUAAAGUUUAACAUCUAUAAAUAUCAAUACAGGAUCAAUACUUGUGUACCUUUCUCCUGUGUGUGUGAAGUUCAUAGCGGGCAGGUGUUGUGUUUUAUUAGGUGCUAAAUAGAGGAGCAUCAAAGUGGGACCUAGAGAGAGUGGGAAUGGCAGCCAAUAAAUGAGCAGGGUUUCAGCAGCUGUAAAACUUACUGGAUAUUAACUAAUAAUAAUAGGACAUGUAGAUUUUUGUAAAAGUCAAGGUGACAUUUCAGUUGUGGAUAGUGCGCUGCCCAUGUAAGCAGGUGUAAUACUAAUGACAUCACUGGUGUCUAGGAACUUACAACACCUGUAGCAAGUAAGGACGAAACUGGAUUCUUGGGGCUGGUAGGAUCAGCCACAGCACAGAUACUUUCAAAACUACCCGUUAAUACAUACAUAUAGUGUUAAAAGUCCAGCAGCCCACACCUUUAGACUGUCAUAGACGUGAUUACAAAUAAUUACCAGGUGUUGAGCCGUUCAUACACAGGACGUGUCCAUGUACUCGACUAAAAUGUCCUGCUGAGUGUGUGCCUGGGAAUUCAUUGACCACUCUAAUCCAAAUCUUGAUUAGCUAUUGACCAGUGGUCAUUGUUGUGAUAGAUAAAGAACCCAUGUCAUUGUGUGGCAACACAUCAAACAACAUCUAAGGAGAUUGACAUCGCUGUGAGCAGUAUAUGUAUGUAAUGGAUGUUUUACUACACAAAACCAGCAAUAACACUUAUAAUGGAUAUUGGAGAAGAUUGUGAAAUAACAUUUACAACCGACUUUAUUUGAAUUCUAUAAUGUUGAACUGUCUUUGAUCGGAUAAUUGCAAACUGACAAUUGGUACAACACCUGUUACACAGAUCAAUACCUAUCUUACACUGAAGUGACCAUCUGCCUACUGACCGCCAUUGUCUGAUAUUAGUAUGUAUUGUGCCUAGGCAUUGGCUACACGUGGAAACUUGGAUGACCUUAUUGAGCAACAUCUGAUCAUUGGUCAGCUAAAGAUAAAAGAGGACACUAGGGUGACACUAUAGGACAUCUGAUCAUUGGUCAGCUUUGUAGGCACGCGGGGUGACAAUACUGGACAACUUCCUGUCAUAGGUCAGCUUUAGAUCAAAGUUGACGCUUGGGUGACACUAUAGGACAACAUCUGAUCAUUGGUCAGCUUUAGGCAUGCGGGGUGACAAUAUUGGAGAACAUCCUGUCAUAGGUCAGCUUUAGAUGAAAGUUAGGUCAGCUUUAGAUGAAAGUUGACGCUUGAGUGACACUAUAGGACAACAUCUGAUCAUUGGUCAGCUUUAGGCACGCAGGGUCACACUUUUGGACAAUACCCCAUCAUUGGUCAGAAGUGACCUUAGCUGGCACUUCAUUCUAAUGACUCUGGAUUGAAUUCUAAUGACCAUGGAUUGGGCCACUUGACUGGAAAUUGUUAACGUCAGACUUCACUGUCCUUUGGUGGAAUUAACGAGUUAUUAUAUGCAGUAUGACUCCAGGGAUUAAUUUCAGGAUUUAGUCGAAAUAAGUUCAUUUCUCAGUGGAUUAACCUCAAAGCUAAAGACUACUGACAGAUCUACUAUCUCUGAAUUAUCUUCCAAUCUAAAGAAUACCAUCAGAUGAAAAGCUUUAACUUCAGUUUAUAACUAUACAUAUCUGUAUGAAAGUGCCUUGAUAAAGCUGUUUAUCAACAUGGGGAUUAUACAGUCAAACAUCUGCUGGGCUAGAACUUAAGAUUGGAUAGCUGAUUGGUUUGGUGGCUUUUAAGUGAUAUAUCUUGCUGAUUAGGUUACUUAGUAGCAAAGAACCUAUUGUGCCAUUUUUUUAAACUCAGAAUUACCAGAGAGUUAUAAUUGUACACAAGCCACCUUUACUUUGAACCGCCAGGUAAAUAUAAACAAGACCUCUGUGUAGAUUCGGACGUCUCAUAUCUCAAUAUAAUUGAUCAAGUGCGUGGUUUCAGAGUUAGCUUUGAUCUUAUCAGGAUACAAAAGUUCUCUAUUCAGAGUUUAAUAAUUUCAUUAGUAAUGUAAAAUUCAGCUUUUAUAUAAAGAAAUUGAGCAUUUAUAGAUAUAAUAUCACUUUAGGUCAAUAUGUGAGAGUUAAUUCCAUCGACUGUGACCAUUCUGCUUGUAUCUGUAUGGUAUUGCUAGGUACAAGUUGAUAAGGAACUUCAAAUGGAAUCAAGAAAAAUCCCUUCAGCACUUCUAACUGUUAAAAGUGUUAACCUGUGUAUGAAUGUAGGCUAGAUGUUUAUUUAAACUCUGGAUGACUGGACAUGUAGGGUCGUUUAUGGUGUUUAACGGGGUACCUGAUACUUCACAUAAAAAGUAGGCUGAGGAGACCGGUUUCUCUAUUUAGUGUAAACCUUGGCACAACUUUUAAAUGGUAAUUUAACGCUACAUGAAUUUUUGAUUCAUCAAAGUUUAGGUAGAUAUUUGUGUGUCGAAUGAAAUCAUUAUAUACAGGAAUAUUAUAUGUAACGCAGUGCUGUCAGAAAAAAACCCGCUUUUCUGAAAGUAAAGGUGUAACCUUGUGGCAAUCAUCUUGUUAUAAAGAAGAUAAAUUCAACAUUUUGAUUAUUUACCAUAAUUUGGUAAGAAGAGAAGUAAUUUAAUAUCUAUAGAAAUUCAAGUGGGUCCUUAUCUGUCAAAUCUUCCCAGAACGAAGUGGUCCCUUAUCUGGCCUACAGGAAGUUCACUGUUGACUUAAUUACCUAGUUCUAGAGCAGAUGACACCGGACUGUUGGUAGUACUGAAAAAAACACUAUAAAAGCAGGAAGGAAGGAUUACAAAAUGGUUUACUGAUAUUGACCUUCUGGAACAUUAUGCUUAAUUGUUGACAGUACUGUAAAUAUAGGUAGUGCCAGAUCAGCACACCUCUGAGACAACAAGCCCCAGUGUGUGUGUGUCCCUACAGGGACAACAUAGGGCCUAGCACUCCCACUUGAUUUUUGGGGAGGACUAUACCCUGAUUGUGACAACAUUAGGAGGAGUUCCACCUUAGGACACCUUAGGACAAUCGGUAGAGUGUCUGCUACCCUUUUGGUGUGCUUAGCCUUGGGGAACCACUAAUUAGUGUACAUCUGUACAAAUCAAUGCCAUCUACACAGGAUAUAUACCUUGGGAGUACACUUAUCGUGGACUCAGAUAUUCGUGAAGCUGCUGUGAGUGUUUCGGGCCCUGCAUGAGUGCCAUUACCAGUAAUUGUUAAUCACAACAUGCACUUGAGAUUGAUAUACAUGUGAUUUCGCGGGAUUUACGGCCAACGUGACAAGUUGUAAGAUUCUCCACUACACAGUAGUGGAUAAAAUUGUUGUCUAAGAUUGGCCAGCGUCCACCCGGCGAUUAUAAUCCCGAUUGUUUGCAUUCUGGACCAACAAGACUUAGAGGUAUUCCUAACAAAGUGUUCGUGAUUAAAACAUUAAGUGUUUGUUUUCCAGCAGUAGAGGUCUAGCCCUUUACAAAUGUUGACACUGGACUUAGAACUGGAUCCAAAUAUAAACUAUUCAGAUUCAUAAAAAAAAAAACACCUUCCAUCAACAUAAAAAGAAACACAGCGUUGAUGCACCAACAUUAAAUUUUUUUUAUCAUUUUGCUCAAAACUUUUACCUACUGACUAACUUUUAUUAUUAUCAUGGAGUGGAAAAUAUACCCACAGGAUUCCAUUCUGCCGUGCAAUAAUUAAUAAGGAGUACAAAAAGAAGAAAAAUCUCAUUAGUGAGUUGGUCAGCCAUAAAAAGGAAUUGGAUUAUUUUGUCACUGUAUUGGACAGUCCUUGGAUGAAUACAAAGGAUGUGGACAGUAUUCAUGAGGUUGCUAUCAGUUUGAUUAAAUCUGUGUCUCGUCCAACACAACGGAUGUGGUGUAAUUAUAUCUGUAAUAGCCUUAUUGGGGUAGACCCUACUGACCUGUGAUAAAUAUUACAUUAUUCAUAACUUAUGUACCAACUGUGAAACACACUGUUAACUUGUGUGACAGCAUUGUUUAUAUGUACAGAUGUACUAUACUCCACCCGCCCUAGAUAUCCUCUGUUGAUACCGUGUGACCGUCCCAUAUACCAGUACCAACCAUCACUCAAUUACAGCUGUCAAUCAGUGACUCACCUUUUCUCUUCACGGGAUGUUGAAAAAAUUAUCUGAUUGGUUCCAUUAAUGCAAUCAUUGUCUGGAAUGGAUAAUCCGUCACCGUCCAGCGUUUGUUUAUUUUGGAUUAACAUUGCUAUGUAAAUGCAUUUUUGACAUGUUCUUCUGCAUUAGGGAUAUAAAUACAAAAACAUCAACACACUGAGCUAGAGAUCUAGGCUGGCGUUACAACAGCUGUCGGGCAGGUAAAAAGCUCAUCUAUGUUACUGUAGUGAACAUGUGAACAGGAAUCAAUUGUUUGUGGAAAUUGUACCAGAUGGAUAAUUUAUUACAUGUUAGCCAUUUCUUGCCGGUCUAACUCUUCAUGAAUGAUCCCAAGUCGGCUGGUUGUGGUAUUUUUAUGAGUAGAAAAAAAAUUGCUUUCAUAUUACACCUGAACUGCGGAUUGUCUGUGGGGCUGGCAGGGCCUAUGGAGAAUGUGUGGAACUACAACAUCCGAGGUAUCGGUGGGAUUACUGGUUACACUCAGCAGAGGUGAUGAAUGGAGAGUCAAAUCGGCAUUCAAACUUCUCCGACAGGAGAUUACUUCUGCAGGGGAGAUUCAUCAUUUGACAGAACCCUGUGAUUAAUAAGGCAGAUGAUGUGGAUAUCAUACCUGUGUGUAUUACAUGAUCUGUGCUGAGGAGUCUUUGUGUGGGACUUAUUUACCUGGUGUACAGGUAACUACUGCAGCAGUAUAUGGGUGUACGUACAGGAGCCUCAUCCAGGACCUGAUGUGUGUAACGCUGACUAAUUGAGCACUCUUAAUGAUGCAUCAGAUCAAGUGGAACACUACUAAACUUUAAAGUAUCCCUUACUACCAUAAGUCACACACACACACUGUGCAAGUUAAUACGCUUCUUUGUGUCUUAAGAAGAGAAUGAAAAUUUUAAAUUCCUUCGAAAUGGCUUCUGAUAAUAAUGAGGAAGAAGACAGAGCCGGUAAAAGUUGUGAUAUUCCUGGAGAGGGCAGCGGCAGCACCUUUUUGAAACUUUAUCAUGGAAAUGACAACCUGGUUUCCGAUAUAAAUAUCUCUGACCUUGAGGAACAGAAUGAAGGUGACAACCACUUUUGUGAUAGUAUAGAGGAUGGAAAUAGUCUCUUAAAACGUUUCCAUGGAAAUAUAAACCUAGACUCUAAUGACCUUGACGACAGCUGCUGCGAUUCUGUUUGCCUAGAUGGUCAGGAUCUGUGUGAUAAAGAUCAAAAUGAGUGUGAUUCUGAUGGUUGUGAUUCCAAAUGUUCCACAGACCAGCUAGAUCAAAGUGGUUACCAUGCUAACGGCAACCUGUCUAACCUUGAUGACGCUAUCCUCUGUAACCACGGUGAUAGUUGUCACGAGAAUAGUGAAAGUGUUAAUGAGUUUACAGAUGAUGUUCUUGGAAGUUCUGAAACUCCGUCACGACAACAGGAUGGUGACGGAGAAAGUUGUGACCAAUCACAACACAGUCCGACUGGACCUGAUGUCAAUCUUCAAUUGGAGACUGAUAAUGGUUUCUCUGGUAACCAUUUAGACAUGGAUUCUAAUUUCCAUGGCAACCAACAAGAAACAGAUAUUAAUUUCCAUAGUGACCAGCUAGCGAGGAAUUAUAGUUUCCAUGGUGACCAGUUAGAUACAGAAGAUGAGAACUAUCAAAGUGAUGGUAACUCUGUUGAUGGUUUCCUUGGUGACCGACGAUCUCGAGAGCAUCACCAUGGAGAUGGGGACUCUUGUGUAUCUACAGAAGAUUUCACCAUAUCAAAUGUGUUUGAGGAGAAGGCUGAGAACUUUGUGAUGGCUGCCUUGUUUUGUGCAUCAGAAGAGGGCAAUGUGGAAGGUCUGAAGGAACUCGUCAGCAUGGCACAAAAUAUUGAUCUCACCACUGCAAACAGGCAUGGAGAGACUGCAGUCCAUAUGGCAGCCAGUGGAGGUCACACAGAAGUGCUGAAAUUUCUUCAGGCCAAGGGGGUGGAUGUGGGUAUACAAGACAAGAACGGCGAUAGUGCAGUGUACUGGGCAGCCCGACAGGGUCACCUGGAUGUUUUACGACAUCUGAAGGACGAGAAUGUUCCCUUUGACACCCAAAACAAGUCUGGUGAGUCUGCUCUCCAUGUUGCUGCAAGAUACGGACAUGCUGCAGUCGUAGAAUUCCUGUGUUCUGCUGGCACCAAUGUCAACCUGCAGGACAACCUCGGGGAGACCGCUUUACACAGUGCCUCGUGGCACGGCUUCCUGCGGAUCGUAACCUCCCUCUGUUCCUCAGGGGCUAAGAUAGACGCAGCCAACAAGGAAGGAGAAACUGCUCUACACAAUGCUGCGGCCCGAGGAUAUCUGGACGUGGUCAAGAUUCUCCUCGAAUACGGAGCUCCAGUCAAUCAAAUUGAUAAGAGAGGAGGCACAGCCUUGUAUUUGGCUUGUAACCGUCGCCAUAGCAACAUAGCAAUGAUUCUGCUGCACGCUGGCUGUGAAAUGGACAUUAUUGAUAAGGAGAGCGGUGAGUGUGGCCUACAUUGUGCUGCCAGAGAGGGACUGUCGGCUGUCGUCCAGACCAUGUGUGCCUUCGGAUGCCAGGUGGACAUUGUCAGUCAGGAUGGCUUCACCCCACUACACCUAUCGGGUAAAAAUGGCCACAUAGAGAUUGUCCGGUGUCUACUGCUGUCUGGGGCUCGACCUGAGAUCGCGAACAAAGAUGGAGUGACGUCAGAGAUUAUGGCUCUAGCUCAAGGAUUCACUGAAAUAGCAGAACUUGUCAACAAGGUGAAGCGGGACAGGAAUGGUAACUUUGUGACCCAGCUGAUCCCGUCUUCCCAGCCACUAUCAAGGAUCAAGUUGAAGCUGCUUGGGUCAACAGGCGUGGGAAAGUCCACUCUGGUGGAGACCCUCAAAUGUGGCCUGUUCAGUGGACUGUUUCGUAGGUCACGCCUCACCAGUCAAGCUUCCAUAGACUCCGGCAAAGGUCGACCACGCCUUCCACGUCAGUACAGUUUGCCCACACCCCUGUGCUACAGUGUUAGUAACCCAAUCUAUACCAAGGGCAUCAAUGUACAGCAGGUCUCAAUAUCAGGUAUAGGAGAUGUCAGUGUUUGGGACUUCUCUGGUUACGAGCCGUACUACAUACUGUAUAUUUUGUAUAGGUAUAGGAGAUGUCAGUGUAUGGGACUUCUCUGGUUACGAGCCGUACUACAUGCUGUAUAUUUUGUAUAGGUAUAGGAGAUGUGAGUGUUUGGGACUUCUCUGGUUACGAGCCGUACUACAUACUGUAUAUUUUGUAUAGGUAUAGGAGAUGUAAGUGUAUGGGACUUCUCUGGUUACGAGCCGUACUACAUGCUGUAUAUUUUGUAUAGGUAUAGGAGAUGUGUAAAUGUUUGGGACUUCUCUGGUUACGAGCUGUA